UACUAGAAAAGAUGCACUGAACUUUGGUUGUGUUAAGUCAACAAAUGAAGGAACAGAAUACCAUGUCAAAACUCGCAGUUUAAAGUAUUUCGUAACAAAUUCUUCAUUCAAGGUGUAGCUUCGUCAUUUGUAGGUCUAGCCUAACCACAAGAGAACAAGCGGGGCAUCCAAUCAAACAUCAGCCCAAACAGUAGUAUCUGUGGCUCCAGGUCAGCAGCAGCAGUCAUCACAAGGUUCCAGAGCUACAGUAACAGUAGCUGUACCUGCUUCUGUUUCUGUAGUAGCUCCUCCAUCUCAACAACAGCCUCAGGACCAACAGCCUCAGACACAGCAACAGACAUCUAGUGUUGUUGUUCAAGCAAGUUCAAACAGUGGAACUCCACAGUUUAUAGCUGUAGCUGAUGGACAAGGACAAGGCACUGUGGCUCUCCAGGCUACUCAACCAACCUUUGUACAGUAUGUAGAUGGUGGAGGUGAUCCUGGAAUGUAUGGAGGAACAAAUGCCUCAAUGACAGGAUACCCAGUUUAUAGUGUCACAGAUUCAUCAACUAUGUACAGCCCAGCAACUGCAGCAGCAGCUUAUUAUAAUACUGGAACUGCUGUCACAUAUUCUCAGGUUGGAAGCACAGUUAGUGCCAAUGCAGUUGGUAUCCAGGGUCAACUUUUAGCCCAUCAAACUGGUGGCACAUACUUAGUUCAACAUACUGCUAUUGAUAGCGAUGGAAACCCUCUUGCUCAUGCCACACGUGCCUCCCCAGCCACAGUCCACAUUCUGGAGGACAACGGGGGCUUUAAGGUGCAGGGGGCACUCUUAGAGGGAGAAACACACCAGACUCUAAAAACUGCCUCUUCCUCAGCUACUUGCAUUUCCCCAGUUACUGAGGACUGUCAAAAGAUUACAGAGGUCAUGCCCUCCUUUUCUAAUGAUCAGUGUGUGAUCCAGACUCUGCACAGUUCCCCUGACAAUAAUCAGCUGCAGCUACAACCCCAACAACCUCAGUCUCAACCUUUGUCAACCCACCAUUCUCAGCAACAAAGUGUGCGCGACAUGGAUAUUAUUCAUGUUCAGUGGUUAAUAGAUAAUUAUGAAACAGCAGAAGGUGUGAGCCUACCUAGAAGCACUCUUUAUAACCACUACCUACAACAUUGUACUGAACACAAGCUAGAGCCCGUUAAUGCUGCAUCCUUUGGAAAGCUGAUAAGAUCUGUGUUCCUAGGAUUACGAACAAGACGAUUAGGGACAAGAGGCAACUCUAAGUACCAUUAUUAUGGUAUCCGUGUGAAGCCAAACUCUCCAUUAAAUCAAAUAUCAGAAGAUUCCAAUUCCUCUGCACUGAGACAGCAACCUGUUAAUCCAGCAAAAAGGUUCAAAUCAAAUACCUUUAAGUCAGAAAACUUGGAAGGAAGCAGGGGGUCAUGUGUGACUAAUGUUUCAUCUCAUUCUACUGAUGGCAUUUCAUCACAGCAGCAGCAACCAGCUCCUCAUCAACACCAGCAUCAACAGUAUCUAGGUGAUGCUUCUGCUGCUAUCCCAAACCUUGAUCUGGAAACCAGUAGCCUCAGGCUUCCAGAUGAUAUUGAAAUAGAAGAUGUACAUGCAUUCAAAGUACUGUACAAAGAACACUGUGAGGCCUUCCUUGAUGCAGUCAUUACCCUUCAGUUCUCUAUGAUAGAAACUUUAUGGAGAACAUUUUGGAGGACACAAAGUAAUGGUCAGAGUAAUGAUGAAAAUACCCUGAAAGAAAGUAGUCUGUAUAAGCUGUGUCUUUGUGAAGAAGUACAAAAGUUAGUGAGGAAUGUAGACUACCAGUUUUACCAAAACCUGGUUGACGUCUUGAUUCCAGAUGUGCUUCGACCCAUUCCAAGUUCACUCACCCAAGCUAUUCGUAAUUUUGCUAAAAGCUUGGAAGGUUGGCUAACAUCAGCUAUGGCAGGCUGUCCAGAUGAUAUGGUUAGAGUCAAGGUUAGUGCAGUGAGUGCCUUUGCCCAAACAUUACGUCGUUACACAUCUUUAAACCAUCUGGCUCAGGCUGCUAGAGCUGUUUUGCAGAACUCCUCUCAAAUAAAUCAGAUGUUAUCAGAUUUGAACCGUGUGGAUUUUCAUAAUGUUCAGGAACAAGCUUCAUGGGUCUGCCAGUGUGAAGAUGAAAUGGUACAGCGUAUAGAACAAGAUUUCAAGGUGACCCUUCAACAACAAAAUUCACUUGAACAGUGGGCAGCUUGGUUAGAGGGAGUAGUUAAUCUAGUCCUACAACCCUUUAAAGAGAAGCCUGAUUUUCCCAAAGCUGCUCGACAGUUCCUUCUUAAAUGGUCAUUUUAUAGCUCUAUGGUGAUCAGAGAUUUGACUCUUCGUAGUGCUGCUAGCUUUGGAUCCUUUCACCUGAUUCGUCUUUUGUAUGAUGAGUACAUGUUCUAUCUUAUAGAACAUAAGGUUGCCAAGACUACAGGAGAAACUCCAAUUUCAGUCAUGGGAGAAUUUAUUGGACUAGGAGUGAAACUUGGCAUGACAUCCAAACUUCCAGCAUUACACAGGAACUCCACUGAUGCUAGAGAAAAUGGAUCAUCAGAAGAUAUAACUUCCAUAGAUAUAUUACCUCACAGUUCAAGUAGCAGCUGUAGCACUGGUGCCUAUAGCAAUGGCUUGAAGGAUUCAACUUCAGGUUUAACCUCCUUUCAACAAGGAUUAAUUGGACAGAGUCAUCUAGACAGUGACAUAUUGUCUGAAGCACCAUAACUGGAUAUCACACUGCCCCAUUGUACAAAAACCAAGAACAUUUGACCCUUUGAUGGGCAAUUAUUAUUUGAGAAGGAACUCAGUUAUUGAACCUUUCAGAAGUGAACAUCAGGGAAACAUUGAAUUGAACACCCUCGUGCCACGCCAGCAGUUACCUUACCAGAGAUGUAUUUUUUUUCCACAGAUUAAUGGACAAGUUUUGCAUUUUUUGAUCCUUGUAGUAAUUGAAGUUCCACCUAUUUUAUGAAAAUCACAAAUGUUUGUGGCUUCUUACGACUGAUAAAAACGAGCUUCUUUAAAAGGGAAAAAUAGUUCUUUUGAAGAGAUCUUGUAAACGUGAGUACUGAUAAUUUCCUAAGUCGUAAAUGUGCUUCAUCAACUAAAUGGCUGUGUAAACAUAUGAAACUGUAGUAUUGUGUGCUGUGUGGUUAACAUAUCAACAAAAAAGUACUUUGUUGUGUUACUAAGCAUUCCAGUACAUGCCAUAAUAUUAAUAUUAUAUAUUAUUAACAGUCCACAUGGGUGUGGUGUUUGUCUUUACGUGUUUGAUGCCAAAGAAGUCACAAAAAUAUUAUAUUGAUAAAGUUGGAGUAUUAUGUAGCCAUACUUCAUGAGUCAUAAAUUAUAAAUUUUUAUUUAAACUGUCCUGUCUAAAUGUGGAUACACAAUUGUUGUAGUGCUUUGUAACAAACAACUCCUUUAAAACACAAGGGCUUUCAUUUUGCUAAGAAACCUUAAUCUAUUUCAACUUCUGGUCAGCACAGUAUACUGAUUAGAAACCAAGUUAAUGGAUAAGAACAAGUUAACAGUUGUUUAAAACAUCAUUAACUCUGUGAUGAUAGAUUGAUUAUUUUUAUACCAGCCAAGGAAUAUUACUUGCACUACUAACAAAUCAGCCCUAUUACUAGUGAAAACUAACCAUCACUUAAAAGUUUGUGUAACUAUCUUCAUUAUUAAGAUUGCUUAUUUAUUGAUUUAAUUACAGGUUUGUGUAAGCAUUCAUUAAUGUACUUUUUAUUUAGUUGAAAUUCAAGUUAAGGCACAAACUUUAUUUUUCAUUUAAAAGAAGCUUUGAGUGAAGGAUUGUGAUAUGUAUUGGAAAGUACUUACAUUCCAAGAUAUUUUUCAUGAACUGUUUGAUUGAAAGAACAAAUAUUUUAACCGAGAUUUUUUUAUUGUAAUUUUCUAAACUGACUAUUAAAGUAUCAUAGUUAAAAAUAAAAAUGGAGCCAUAAACUUUA